CUAUCGAUAGUGCCCUCGAUGGUUUGACACCUCUAAUCAAACGCAUUAAAUUAAUAUAAAUAAAUUCAGCUCGGGUGUCCCAUGGUCCUAUGCGUGGUUCAUAGUGGGAAAAAACAAGCAGCUGCCUGCAGGAUUAACUGAAAUGACAAGGUGGCAGUGAACAACUUGAACUACCUGACCGAGCAUUGCCUUGCCUGGUGGGGGUGUCGUCCGUCUCUUCUCUCCUCGCUCUGCCAUCCGUCUCUCUCUCUCGCACGCGUUGUAUUGGCAGGAGGGGGAUGGUUAAUGUUACGAACGUAUAGAAGUGAAUCACAUUUUAAGGAAUAAUCGCAAAUCAUGUACCAAAGCGCCUGCAAUGCGGCCACAACGGGCUCUUGUGUUCCUGGAGCAGGCAAUCAGACCGAUAACGAAAGGCAGUCGGCAUUGAUUGCCCAGCAACCACCCACCGCCCCAGUGGAGCCCGAUUACAGUGGCUUCGAUAUCGUUAAGGCCACCCAGUACGGCGCCAUAGCCAGGGUCCGGGAGCUGGUCGAGUCUGGCUGGGAUGUGAACCAGCCGGAUAGCGAGACGGUCACGCUCCUCCAUUGGGCGGCGAUCAACAAUCGACGGGACAUCAUCAGGUACUUCCUGGAGAAGGGCGCCACCGUAGAUGCCGUUGGGGGUGAGCUGAAUGCCACGCCCCUGCACUGGGCCACCAGGCAGGGGCAUCUGGGUGCCGUAGUCCUGCUCAUGGCCGCCGGUGCUGAUCCACGGAUACGGGAUGCGGAGGGCUGCUCCUGCAUACACAUUGCAGCUCAGUUCGCCCACACCGCCCUGGUGGCCUACUUCAUAGCCAAGGGCGUGGAUCCGGAUCUACAGGAUAGGGGUGGAAUGACGGCGCUUAUGUGGGCAGCAUGGAAGGUGUGCGCCUUGGAUCCCGUGCGCUUGCUGCUCACCCUCGGAGCCAAUCCCGCCAUGGUGGACUACACGCAUGGCAACACAGCCUUGCAUUGGGCCAUCCUGGCACGCAAUGCCACCGCCAUUUCCACACUGGUGCUCAAGUCGAAGGCCUCGCUGGACGUUCCCAAUACGGGAGAGACGCCGCUGACGAUGCUCGAGUCUCAAACGGGCGCCAUCUGGAUCGGGGCCAAGGUAAUGGAUCGCGUGCGAGAGGCAGCGCUCACCUCACAGCAGCGACGCUCGCUGGUGUCCAAGCUGCGGCACGACAAACGCUUGCGAUGGUGGUCGAUGGUGGCCUGCCCCUUCACCGCCUUCUAUCUGGCAGGGAUCGUGUUCACCCUGAACACGCUGUAUAUCAUUAAGUUUUUCCUGCUCGGCUGCUUGUACGGCAUAUUCCACACCAUUGGCAAGAUCCUCUUCGAUGAGCACCUGAUGGCCCUGCUCCCGUUGAGCGUCUACCUGGCCACCAAGGCGUGGUUCUAUGUCACCUGGCUGAUGUAUAUCGAUGAUGCGGUCUCCCUAACAGCCACUGUAUGCUUCCUACUCUGCUCCCUGAUAUUGUGGGUGUGCUUCCUCAAGUCGUGGAAGGGAGAUCCCGGCAUCAUCCGACCCACCAGGGAACAGCGAUUCAAGACCAUCAUUGAGCUAUCGGAACGGGGUGGCAUUGGUUUUGAGCCCGCCUCCUUUUGCUCCGGUUGCCUGGUGAGGCGGCCCAUACGCUCCAAGCACUGUUCGGUGUGCGAUCGUUGUGUGGCAAGGUUCGAUCAUCAUUGCCCCUGGGUUGGCAACUGCAUUGGGCUGAAGAAUCACAGCUUCUUCAUGGGAUUCCUCUGGAUGCUGCUGAUCAUGUGCGUCUGGAUGCUCUACGGCGGCUCCAAGUACUAUGUGAAUCAGUGCAAUGUGCACUUUGAUGACUUCGUUGGGGCUAUGCGAGCGAUUGGCAACUGCAAUGCCUGGGUGGGCUGGGUUAUGGGCAAUGCCCUGCUGCACAUGUCCUGGGUGAUUCUGUUGACCAUUUGCCAGACAUAUCAGGUGAUUUGCCUGGGCAUGACCACCAAUGAGCGCAUGAACCGUGGACGCUAUCGUCACUUCCAGGCCAAGGGCGGGCACAGCCCGUUCACGCGCGGUCCCAUCCAGAAUCUUAUUGACUUUUUGGAGUGCAGCUGCUUUGGCCUGGUGCAGCCGAAGCGUGUCGAUUGGAUGAACUACUACGACUAUGAUGCCAGUGAGCAUCCGACCAUCGAGAAGGAGCCGCUGCUCAGCGUGGACUGCCCGGACGGGAUGGGUGGCGAUCAUCAGUAUGUGUAGGAUAAGUCCUAUCGGGAUGCGAAGACGCUUCAAAUGCCCAUAGCGCAUGUCUAACGACGGAACUGCUUUCGAAAACAAACCGCAACAGCUUCUUCUCAACCCCAUCCCUAAACCCCCUACCCAACCCCCUUACCCAUUCCGUAUGAUUUCCGAAAACCCCUUGUAAUUGGUACGCUCUGCUGCAAGCUAUACAACAAAAAAUAGAACCAACGAUUCACAACUGAAUUCUACAAACAAAACCAGAAGACAGACAGAAGCGUCAUUGCCGACCGAUAUCGGAUAUUGGAUGGAUGAAGAGUGGUUUAUGGGGGGACGGGACCCUCACUCCCCUCCCCCCACCACAUACAUACGUACAUAUUAAUGCAUGUAUUACUGUAAUUACUCUGUACAUUUCUGCAUAUUAAUUCUGCAUCUUACACACACAAAAACACGACUACACUUUGAUAAUAAGCUGAAAUUACUCCGCGCGAACCGACACGAUUUUGUCCCCUCUCAAGUAUUUGUAAUACCAAAAAAACAGAAAGAGAAAAACAAGAAAACGUAUGAAAAGAAACACCGAACAAAUGCAAUACCUAAUCUAAAAACUAAAUGCAAUAUGAAUCAAAACGAAAGCAAAAUUUUAGUUAAGCGUGCAAUAUUCAAGAUUCCAAUUCAACUAAUAAGAUAUUUAACAAAUUUGUGAAGCGCACACCACAAACCACAA